UUUGCAUGCAAAACAGAAAUCAGGUUAUAAAAUAUGAAGCACAGUUAAAGAUUAAACCAGACAGACAGACAGACAGAUCAAUAUUUCAUUGAUCCCAAAGGAAAUGUGUGCACCAGUAGCUUCAAACACACCAACAGGGCAAGAAAAGCAUUUAAAAUGUAAUUUUAAAGGUCAUUUAGUCUAAAAACAUGAUGCUGUUUCUGUUUCAGUUGGAUUUGAAUGUCGGGCCGAACUAUUAUUUAAAUGACCUUAAACCAAACCUAUCAUACAUAUGUUUAAGUCUGUUUUUUAACACAGGCAAUGCAAGAAACACCAACAUUUCCCUGCAUCAUAUUCCUCCACUCAGGCCGCUCACGUGUUCUGUGAAGAUGCGAUGCUGGUUUUUCCGGGACGCCCCUGAACGCAGCGGCCGCACAUUCGCUGCCCCGUGAGAUGCGGGGGCGGAGGCUUGAUCAGCGUCAGAGUCCACCAAUCAGCGGCGGCCCUGCGCUCAGGCCCCGCCCCCUCGAUGUGUACAGUACAUUCCUCUCAGAGAAGAAGAGAAGACGAGACGGAGGAGACACGGGACUGUGUACUCUGUACAUGAUUAUACUUUAUUAUACUUCAUACAUGAGGAGACUUCAUACACGAGGACACUUUACAUCCGAAGAUACUUUACACAUGAAGAUACUUCCUGAGGAUAUUUACACAUGAGGAUACUUUACAUCUGAAGGUACUUUACACCUGAAGGUCGAUGUUGGGUCGUGGCGUGAAGCGAAAGUGGAGCUGCCUGGAGGAGCUGGAGGCGGAGAUGGUCCCCGCUGCAGUGACGGAGGAGAAGGAGCAGCAUGGGGAGGUGGAGCUCGUUGUGGCGCCGUCCAAAUCCGAGAUGAACCACCUGCAGCAGCGUCAGCUGGUGCUCGGCCUCUGUCUGGAGAAGCUGCAGCGGUACCAGGCCGGGAUGGAGCUCAGCCUCCGCCGCUCGGUGCUGCUCAUCAACACGCUCCGGCAGAUCCAGGAGGACAUACAGAGCGACGGGGCUGGAGCCUGCAGCCCGGACGCUCCCCUCCACGGCGUCCACCCUGAGUCUCGUCUUCUCAGGGACGACAUCAGGGAGGACGUGCCGGUCACAUGCCCGGGGUGUGCAGAGGAUGACAGGGACGACCUGCCCCUGUCUCCACCGCUGUCCCCCGAGUUCCCCUCUCAGGAGGCAAACAGCUCGGCCGACCAGCAGAAACCGCCGCCCGCCGCCACGAUCAGUGCUUUUAGUGAUGCAGUAAACGCCAUGGGCUACCUCGGCGACCUCACCCUGGACGACAUCUUUGAGGACAUUGACACGUCAAUGUACGAGACUUCAGAUCUGCCUUCUGCCUGGGCGACGGGCUCCUUGUGGCCCGUCAGCGUGUCGCUAUGGGCGGACGAGGACGUGAAAAUGCGCUCGCCAGGCCACGUCUCACCUGGGAGUCUGCAGUCGUGUCGGAUGGACCUGAAUGAGCUGGACCACAUCAUGGAGAUCCUGGUGAAGUCUUGACCACCAGGAUGAAGUCGUGGACGUUUACGACACUUGACCGAUCAAGGACGAGCAGCUUCUCAAACACUGGUGUGAGGGUCGAUGACGGUCCAUCCAAGGCUCCAUUUGACAUUUUACAUGAAAAUGAGUUUUAAGCUUCAUCUGUUGUGAAGGAAACAUCCACUUUAAAACACGUUGCACUGUGGUUGUGGCGUCAAACGGUGGAAACAGAACAAACAUUCAGGUGGAAAAUCCAGAAUAAUCAGACAAACGAGAGAAUCUGCUGCUUUUCUCUGUAUUAUACUGUUUUACACUUUCUUCUGAUAUUUUCUGGACCAAAUUAUGAAUCAGUUAUUUAAGAAAAUAUUCUAUAAUUGUCACUUUACAGCAGCAGACAGAAAGUCCGGCUUCAGGUUGUCUUUUGAGUAAUCUGUGAAAAAGGAGUAUUGCAGCACUCGUGAGGGAAGUGUCGUAACGUCGGCUCGAAGCCAUUUGACAGUGUUAAAAUGUCAAAAGUGGAUUUUUCCCCCUAAAUCAACAAACGCAGGUUGAAACUGAAACGUCUCAAGUGUUAAUGUCACUUUUCUCUGUUUGUUUGUUUUUUUAAAUUAAGUUUUUGUGUUAGUGAGUGAAUCCGCUGCUCAGGAAGAAGGAACCUGAGAAGCCGUGGUGUGUGUGUGUGCGUCACUCCGGCUGUGAGACCGGCCCCGGGUUGAUUAUUAAUUGAAAUCCCUUCAAUUACUUGAAGAGGGUGUGCUUCAGCCGGACGGGGGGGCAAAGGCCUGGGUUUCCCUUCAGCUCGGGGACUUUAAUGCACCGUGUAGGAUCUUUAAAGCAGAAACGACCGUCUACUCAAACCACCGAACGCCACGCUCACGUCCAAUCACAAGAGGACCUGGACUGGCUUUAUUCUCAUCCUUAUUUAUGAAUGAAAAACCGCAGCAGAUUUUAUUUGUGCUUUGGGUGCGACUGUAACCUAUCGUUUACGCGGCGUGAUGGCGGCCAUUUUGCUUUUGGUGACCCCUCCUGUGGCACCGCUCGGGACAAACUGUACAAGUAAUAUCCUGUCACCAUGACGACGCCACGUGAACAGUUACUCCUCGUCGGCAGCUGGUGUUUAAAUCCAACGCAGCGUAAAACGUGUAUUUCAAAUGUCUGCUUCUGACCGAGGAGACGAUCGCCUCGAGUCAACCACGAGCUCGCCAUGUCUCAGAAUUGUAAAUGACAACAGAUGCCUAUGUCUUUUUAUGGCCUUGGUGAUGUGAAUUUUUAUUGUUCAAUGUUUUUAUAUGUGUUUCUACCUGAAACUCACGUCUCCUGUCCGGCAGAGGAGAUGAAGAGAUCAGAAGGUCGCGACGAGUCAAGAUGCUCGACCUUCACUUCCUGUGGUUUACUCCUGUUCUACCUCCGUAUGUCAGUUGACCUGGACACUCCUGUGACUCUGUGUUACUGGUGGACACCAUCUACAGCUGUUUAAUUCAUUGUUUGUGAACUGGGCCGAUAAUCCAACGCCACGCUGGACGACCAAAGUAAUCCGUCCUCGUCUUCGUCUCUGGUCUCAUGUCCACAAUGUGCCUUACUACUGUUUUUUAAUUAUUUGUGUUGGGCCGUUUGUGGCCGUCUGGGCUCCAGCCUCAUUGAUAAACCAACCUAAGAACAGUGGGGGGGGUGUUAUGUAAAAGCACCGAGCCUCAGAACCGUCAUUGUUUCCUGCCUCUUCUCGGCCCUUUUUGUUUUUUCUCUGCGCUCACUGAACACUGCCGGCGUAUGAGCUUAACGCAUCCUGACAGGCUGACAGUGAACUAGCUGAGGGAGGAGGUGGCAGCCCGGGCCAGGAGGGAAAAAUAAGCAGUGGUGGAGGAGGAGGUGGGAGGAAGAGGAGGCGGAGGAGGUGGAGACUUGCGUCACUCGCUCAGUGGGAGGAGUUUCAAGCUUGUUUUGCCCCGAACUCGGACCAGGGUCCAAUCACACGAGGCGUGGGAGGAGCGGGCUGCUGCCUCAACAACAACUUGUUUUUCGCUCCUGAUGCACAGACAGUGUGUGGAUCAGCUGCAUUUCAGCCUGCGAAAUAAAGACCUGCUGUUUUUUUCCCCCACUUACAUAAUCUAUCAGACAGAAAGAAUCGAACCAGCAGAAAGCUGCAGAGUUAUUUAUAAUUGUUUGGGUCUUUAAAGCACAAGCUAUGUGUUGUUGACGACGAUGAUGUACAUGUAACUGAAGGAUGCUGGGUAAUGAGAGGAUAAUUAAUAAUGUAUUGUAUUUUUCUGUGGAAUAUUUUAUAGAUUUUAUUCAAUGACACAGUAAAAGAAAAUGAAUUCA